UCCUGCAACCUCUACCACACCGUUACAACCGGUCGCAUUCAAUACCCAACAACCAUGUCGUCGGAGCAGACCUACACCAGCGAUCUUCGUAGCGGAGCCAAGGAGUUCAACCGCGAUAAGAACUCUCGGAGCAAGUGGGCCCACGGAACCUCUUGGGGACCUGGACGCCGCGUCGAUGAGAACCGUCCUCGACCCGCCAAAAUCCUACCCACGCCCAAAGUCACCUCCGGCUUCAACAAGGCCCGCUCGGCAGCCAAGAACGACAUCGUAGAUGCUAGCGACUCCUCCGCCGACGAAGACGUGGAGCACCCGUCUGUAGCACCAACCCCCGACGCCGAAAUCACCUACUCCUACGAUGCCGAACGGGGCCCUUCCCAUGGUAGCCAGAUCCUCAGCCAUGCCCUGACCCAAGCCGUCGAGCGCUUCGAGGUCCGCCAGACAGACAAGUUGAUCAAGGACGAGUAUGAGGUCUUGGAUCUCAACGCUGAGCCGCUGUCACCGCGUCCCAAGGUUCUCCGAAAGGGUCUCUCUCCCGAGGAUGAGGACUACGAAUUUGUGGAUGCCUGA